AUGCCGGCAAAGGGAGGCAACGCCAAGAAAGAGUCUGGACGGGCAAAGAAGGCCGAGAACGAGUCCAAGAAGCAGGCCGAAGCCGCAGCAAAGGCAGAGGCCGCCGAGGCCGCCCAGUGGGAAAAGGGCGGCAAGGGCAAGUCGGCCGCCGACCUAAAGGCCGAAAAGGCUGCCGAGGCCGCCAGAAAGAAGGCCGAAAAGGCCGCCCUCGAGGCAGAGGACGAGGCCAACACGCCCAGCACCAACAAGGGAUCCGGCAAAAAGGGGGCCAAGAAGCCCCCCGCCGUCAAGGGCGGCGCAGCGGGCCCGGGCAUCGACGACGCCAUCGCCAGCUUCACCGCAAGCAACCUCGACGACGCCCUCGACGCCAUGACGCUCGUCAACGAGAAGAGCGACAGCGCAUCGCGCGGCGCCGCCGCCGGCCAGAUCGAGAGGCACCCAGAGAGGAGGUUCAAGGCCGCCUUCGAGGCCUACAAGGAGCGCGAGCUGCCCAGGAUCAAGGAAGAGCACAAGGGACUGCGUCUGCAGCAGUACCACGAUCUCCUGUACAAGCAGUUCCAGAAACACCCGGACAACCCCUUCAACCAGCUCACGGUGUCGUACGACGCGUCCAAGGAGGAGAAGCUCGCAGCCCUCCAGUCCAAGCGCGACGCCACCGAAAAGCGACUCCGCGACUAG